UCUGUUAUGUUAUUUGACAAAACGAUAUUUAUCUCGUAAUGGUUUUUAAAUGCUUUUUUGUGCCCUUUUGUGUAAUGCAUCAGCUGCUUUCGUGGGAUAUUUUUUGCACAACAUAACACCCGCCUGCUAGCAACCCUGGAUCCCAGUUGGAAACUAAUCGACAACACACGCACACAUUCACAGUUCCCAACAAGUUUCCGAUAGUAGAGCGUAAUUUUGAAGCCGAUAGAUGACGACUACAAACGACGAACGACAACUGGCCGGACAGGUUCGGGCUGCUCUCGCUGACUGUGUUGAUUGACAGAGACCAUCAUCAGCACUCGAAUCGGGGUUUUCCUUGUGUUUCCUAGAGAAAAAAUUGCGUGGUUUUUCGCGUGCUCCCGGACUUAAGAAAAGCGGAAGUGUAAACUCGCUCUCAGGCUAAGCUGUCAAUUUUUGCGGUCCGGUAAAAAAUGCGAUAUGUUCUGAAGGAAGGAUUCGUUCACCGUACCGUCUGUGAUCGCUCCCAGUUUUGUGGCGAAUGUGUGUAUUUUUUUAAAAAUAUUUUCAACCGACCGAUAUUGGUAUUUGUGUGUGGAAGCGAAAAUUAGCGUGUCUCUAGUGUUCAGGGUUUAACAGUGCGUUGAAAGUUUUUCUGUUGCUACCAGCCACAGUGAUGUUUGUUUUCCCCUUAAGUUGUGUUUAGUAUAUUGUGAGCGAAAAGAGAAAGCGUUUGAUAAUGUGAUUAUGGGAAAAAGAUAAAGCCGAAUCCAGAGGAGAAAUACAAACAAACAAAACACAAACACAGGGUGACUGAUACUUUCCGGUAAAAGGAUCUGCUUGAAUCAGCAAAAACACGGUGACCCAUCACUGGCAUAGGAGGACCACACACAUACUUUCGGAGAGGAACGUCCAAAAACUAAUGUUUAAAUGGACUCAACAUCCAUCAUAACGCAGGUUUCGCGCGAUGACGAGCAUCAACUAAACCUCAGCUAUUCAGGCCAAAAAGUGAACAAUGUAGAUAGGCUAAAACCACCCAAACGGGGCUUCUUCGAGACGAUCUUCUGCUGCUGGCGGAACGCCCGGACGAAAACCAACCAGAAUGGGACCCCCAUUGACGGGUCGAUCACGCCCCCGGCGAUCCAGGGUCAGCCCCGGUACUUGCUGCCACAGAUCCGACACUCGGAUAUGCACAAAAAGUGCAUGGUGAUAGACUUAGACGAAACACUAGUGCAUAGCAGUUUUAAGCCAAUUCCAAACGCCGAUUUCAUAGUGCCAGUUGAGAUAGACGGAACCGUGCACCAGGUGUACGUGCUGAAGCGGCCCCACGUGGACGAAUUCCUGAAGAAGAUGGGCGAGCUGUACGAGUGUGUGCUAUUCACGGCAUCGCUGGCCAAGUAUGCCGAUCCGGUGGCAGACCUGUUAGACCAAUGGAACGUGUUCCGGGCGCGAUUGUUUCGCGAAUCGUGCGUCUAUCACAUGGGAAAUUAUGUGAAGGAUCUGAACAAACUAGGGAGGGACUUGCAGAAGAUAGUUAUUGUUGAUAAUUCACCUGCUAGCUAUAUUUUCCAUCCGGACAAUGCUGUGCCAGUGAAAUCGUGGUUCGACGACGCGAGCGAUUCCGAGCUGUUAGAUCUUAUACCGCUGUUCGAGAAGCUAAGCAAGGUUGACUCUGUGUAUACCGUGCUAUGUAAUACAAGCUCACAGCCACAGCUACAGUCGGUUGUAUCACAGCUACAAUCAGCGACUCAGCAAAAUCAUCAACAGCAGCAGCAGCAGCAACAACAACAACAACAGCAGUCGAACCAGUUGAGCUCGACCGACGCCAACAGUACGUAACAUUGGCAACAAAUGUUCAUCAACAUCGUAUGAUUAAUUUAAACACCGUGUUUUAAUCAGUUGUUUAUUUUUAUUUUUAAUUUUAAAAUUGUUUUAAAUUAUCUAAGGUUAAUUUAAAAACAAAACGCUAGACUCGUCGUAACAAUACUAAAACAAUUCGAGAGAGCGGAGCCAAUUGUGUUAGCAAAAACAGAAAAAAAACACAACAGAAAAAGCGAAAGAAGUUCGCACAAGAACUAUUAUCGUGAGAUAUUUACACUGCUUAAGCGAGACUAGUACUACACAGCAAUUGAAUCGGGAAACACAUUUUAUACCACGCAAAUUGUCGUAUACAUACGAGAAAAUGAGUUUGGCGAGGACAUAUGAAUCAUCGCGUUCAUAUUUUAAUAUACACGAAGAUCAGAUCACAUUUUUAAAAUGAUUGUUUUGGUUUGGCUGCGAUCUGCAGACUGCAUGUAAGUGGGAUUGUUUUUUGACGAGCAAUGCUGGACUCAGGCCCCGCUGGACUCAUGAUUGCUUUAUAGGAGGAAGUGUUUGCAUUGUAUGGCAUGUAUAGUUAGUGUGAGAGUGACACAAAAUCACACAAGAAACGAUGUAUAUCAUCUACAUAUCACAAAUAUUGCAAGUAUGUGGCGAUAUUAUCGGUGGAACACAAAAGUAAUCGCAUUCACGUAUGAAAAUGUGUAGGUUAGGGAAGGAAUCUUACAAUGCGAACUGAUUUGGCCGGGCCAAUACUUUGGAUCAGUACUAAUGGUGAUAUAAUUUGUAAUCAUGAAAUAGUCUCUUGUAUUCGAAACAAUAUUAAAUUCAAGAAAUAUGUAAUCCAGUUAUGGGUGUUAUUUAAGCUAAACAGUUGCUUAUCGCUUCAAAUUUAAAUUUUAUUAAUUUUCUGAUAUGAUUGUCCAGCAUUGCUCUGAUAUCUCAACGCACUGAUCAAUCCCGUUUUCGGGGAUAAGGAGGAAUUGAAAGUAGGUGUCAGCUAUAGAAUCGUGUGAAAAGGAAGAACCAAAACUAAAUUCUUAAUCAAAUGACUACGCGAAUUGAUCGUAAAUCUCCUAUUUGGUAACAUUAUUACUAUAAUAGCAACUAUUAUCACUAUCGCUACCUCCACUACUGUGUAGGUAAAAAAAAUACAAAUCAAUUACGAACUUAUAAACUUUUUUUCGAAGCACCUAUCGGUAUCGAUUUUUCUGCUCAUCAAGGCUGGUUCAGAUCUCUCGUGAACGUGAACGUGAACAAACACUUUUUUUGUUGAUAAUUCAUCAGACCCCAUAUAUGAAACAUCUUGAAAUGACAAAAAAAAUAUUUCUAAAUGAAAAAACAUAUUUAAACACAAUUUCAUUAUUGAUAAAAAUAGAUUAAUUCAAUGUUUCACUGCCAUUCCGAAUUUCCACCGUGGAAUCGAGAUGUUGGUGAAUUCACCACCGUUCGCCGGCAUCGGUGAACGUGAACGCGACAACAGUGGUGAAUAUAGCCGCCAAAAUAUUUUUUCCCGUUCUUGUUCACAUUCGAAUGUCUCGAGGCGUUCUGAAAAUUAUUUCACCGUAAACUUCUAUUGUUGAUGUAUUUCAAUAGUAUAUUAUGGUUUUUGUGAUGAUAUUUUUAUCCUGGAAAUAGAGCUUGAAUUGGAAAAAAUCGUUCAAACAGAAAGCGGUUCCGAGUAUGAAGUGACACUAGCAACCGCCUAUCUCACUAUCCCUCUGCUGCCAAAGUUCAUCAUCGACAUCACGAUAUGUCAGAUGGUGGUAAAUUGGUAAUUCGCGAUGACGUCGACGUCUGGUGGCGACUUCAAGUUAGAGCCAUAAUUUGGGUCCCAAAAUCGUUAGUGUAAUCUCUACCAGAUUAGAAGACACGGAGCGGGUUUUCAAAUUUUAAAAUUUAAAUGAAAAUUUUCACAUUAUGUUGUUUAAUUAUUAGAAACACGUAUUUCUGACUUUCAUUCAACCAUAUGCUCAUACAAUUCCAACAUUGUUGCUGAUUUUUUUCUUUAUAAUAUAAAAUUGUCUUCAUAAACAAUUUUCGUAUUAUACUUUUUCCCCACCUGCAAACAAAAAUGUUUUUAUUUAAACAGAAUACUAAUUUGAUAUGGAAAAGCUAAUUUUCAUUCAUAAUUUUAAUUUUGAAAACGUUCAUUCCGACUGAAAAUCAGCUAUUCUUUGACGCUCCCCUAAACUAGUAAACGAAGCUCACUGCCGUCAACGCGGAUCGCUGUUUUGAAGAAAACAAAAACUUCUGACGUUUGAGAUGUUGGCACCAAAAACAUGGCGGGUGCCAUACGGCUGCUAGCAACGCAUAAUAAAAUUAUUAUGCUGGAAGAACAAAAUAAGGAAGUUGCAAGGCAAGUCAAAACAUAUUCCUGCCUGUGGGACAAAACGAUGAAUUAUCGUAACGUAAUAUUGGCAGGGAAAAUAUCUUAUGAUAAUAUCAAACAUUUGCAUUCUGUUUCUCCUAAUUUCCAGUUGUUGACGCCAAGAAUGUUUGAUAAAAAGUUAAAAGAAACGCAUCGUUAUCCCCUACAGAAAGCUAAACAUUCAUCGAAUACUAAAAGUGAUGAUGCUGCUCCAGAAGAAGGUUACCACGAACAAGAGAAUCAAUAAGAGGUGAGCGAAUUGCGUGAAGUAAUGGCGUUUUUGGAAGUUAGCGUCGUUUCCACUCUACUCCAGACUGUGUCAUUGGGAGGUGACGAUAUUGUAACUCAACUGCUCUCAACGUGCCGCAAAAAAGAUAAAGAAAAAAGAGUUAUGUCCAAGAUACGACAGCAUCGUCAACGUAGAACUACGAAAUUAUAACCGGUGAGAAACAACCAUAUUCAAGAAUGAAACUCUUUAGUAAACAAAUUUGGUAGCACUAACAAGGGCCGAUAAAUGAAUGCUUUCAUUGUGUGAGGGAGGCUAACGUUUCGUGAAUUAAUAAAACGUCACUUGAGCAGAUUUUUAGUCUCAAGGGGCAUUGAUACACUCAACUUGCCGAAUAUCCAAGUGGUUUUUCAGUAUCUCCUAGAAAAAUUACAUUUCAAACGAUCCAAAAAAACACACAGAACAGUAACAGAAAAUCCAAACUGAAUCGGAUGUUUGGUGAUAGCGUCGACAGCAAUCAACACUAUCAUCAUUAUACCAACAAAACCGAACAUGCACCUAAAUUCACAGCUCCCUUCCAGCAAAAAACUACAAAAAUCAAUUCACUUUCAAUAACUUCGCAUAGAAAUUUUCUAAAUAAUUCCUUAGCCGAAGGUUUCGGUGGUCCUGAAAAUGACGCGUCGGCGUGAUUUUGUAGAAGCAGUUGAAGAUGGAUUAUUCAUGAUUCGUUCUUUUUUUCGCGAGAACCAUACACGAGAUUUGUGUCCUUAUUGCCAAUGCACGGAGCGCACUCAGUUAAAACAAGAAAGUUCGUCUCAGGAUACGGAACGAAACUAUUACAUGUUUAUAUGCAUACAUAUAAUCAACAACCCGUAAGUGUGAUUCAAUCAUACACAAUCAAUCUCCACAUAACGGUAUGGCGACCGACGCGAUAGGCCCUGUUCAAUAUUCCUGUUUUGCUUCUGCUUCUGCCCGUCUUUACAAGCUCUGCACUAUGCUUAAUUCGCGCAUAUUUCGAGAAUGCAUUUCAAGGCGAAACAUUUUACACGGUAGCGAAAUAGAAACUGAUGUUGGUUAGGGUGAGCAUAAUAUUUAUAGUGCUUUCACGGCUCAGUUGGGCCAGUAAGUAACAAACAUCACUAGCAUUACUAUUAAAGUUUAAAUACUUGCACGCAAACGUAACGCUCUCGUUUUCGCAAUUUUAAACGUACACCCCUGUACAGAUGCAGAAAUGAUUUGGCGAAAAAAUACAGAAGUUCUCUCCACCAGACGGUGUGUAAAUCGACGCGGUGCCUCCACUGAACAAAAUUGCAUCACUGUGUGCGAUAUCUAACGAUGAUCAUUGCUUGAAUCAUAGAAGCUCUAAAAUUUCACUCUAGCCCUGGAAAAGACCAAUUUGGAAGACUGAACUGAACUCUCGGCCUCGACAAAGGCCAUUUGGAAAGAUUCGCUGCCGUCUGGUCGCUAACUGAGUGACUUAUGAAUCGUGAAUGCUGUGAAAUCACAUAGAUAGCUUGUUUAUCCCAAUAAAUUGAAAACAAUAUCCAUAGAACCAUAUUGUAUUCCUUCCGGUGUGAGUGACUUUUUCUUUGGAUGGCAGAUUAGGCUUUAUUAUUCGGGACUGAAGCGGAAACGCAUCAACGUAGUUGAAACAUAAUUUUUGUCCGUUGAUUGGGCUUUCUUCUGGUAAUGGCAAUUUAUUAUGCAGGUCUUUUUUCCCCAAAGGGAUCUGCAGCAAAUACUCCACUAUCUCCUUUCACUUCCAAAUGCUCCAACGUUGACGUACAAAAAUUUGAAUUUUGCAUCAUCAUAAUAACGAAAUGUAAUAAUGUAAAUUUAAAAUAACCUUACAGAGUUGGGUGCACAUACUAUUGCAACAUGUUGACUCUUGUAUGCGGAUCUCCCAAAAUAAUAGACGUCUACUUCGAUUCCUUUCAAACACAAAAAAAAAUCUUCGUGAAUGACAAUUCUCCCUGUGGCUAGCUCUAUACAUUUAUUCACUACCAGUGUUGCCACAAUUAAAUCUGUACCAGAGGGGUCAAAAAUCUUACUCAUCUGAACGAUUUUUUCCAAAAAUCUGUACCAUCGAAAAUAUUCGUUGUAGAGAAAAAAAAAUAUUUAGACCACAUUUAUAUUUGCAAGUCAUUCGUGUGUUUGAUGAUGCUUAAACAUAGUUUUUUUCGAAUCUAGAUUGCAUACUAUCAUUUUUUAAAAUUUUAGAGCUGCCACCACAAUGUUUGACAAAAUCUUUGAUCCCAAAAUAGCGUUCAUCGUAUCGUUGCUGAGCCGAUUUCAAAGCUUUUUUGUUCUGAUUAAUUUCAGAAAAAAAUCGCUCGACAGUUGCCGAUGAGUGAGGCAUAGUGAGAACGUUACAAACAAGGAAUCAAAGCGCCGAAAAGGCGAGCGAACCGUCAAUUCUUUUUAGGCAUCCAAUUUUUGUCCACCCACCCUGCACAUGCUCGUUUUCUGAAAUUGUAAUAUCCUUGCGAAGUAAUUUUAUCUUUAGGCUACAGAAUUGGUUCUGCAUAUCUUGUGCAUUAACAUUGUAGAAUCCUGGAAACGCUUCUAAUACAACGUUAAUGCUAGUCAAAUUAGAAAAGUUUCUGGGAUUGACCAUUGCCGUACACUUGAGCGUCGAAUCAUCAAAAUCGAAUCUUUUUCUCAUUUGUUUGAUUAGCUCCACGAAAAAAAACUGCGACAAGUAUCUUUUGAAUUUUUUUUUAUCCCUUCUGUUUAUUUUUAGGCUCAUUAGCAUUUUAGCUGUAACAGAGCCGAACUUUAAUCGUGUACAUGUCACAUGUUUAUCAUAUCUAUACUUAGCACAUUACACAGUUGCCAUUUUUAGGCGUUAGAGUAUUACCUUCUAUGCCAUUGCAUAUGGUACACAUUUACACAGUAGCCAUUUAGGCGUAAGAGUUUUCUAUCUGUUCUUCCAUUAUCCAGUUAGACCGGACAGCGGAGACAGUUGUUGAUCAUUGUUGAGUUAUUUAUAGAACAGCAGCCCGAUUCAAUGGUCAAUGAGGGCCCUAAGUUUUGAACUUCUUUUGAAAUGACCUGCCUUCGCUGUUCAUUGUUCUGAUAAUUUCUUCUGCUGCUAUUCCAACCUAAAAUUAUUGUCGCUUUUCAAAUGAUCUUCAUAUUUAAUAGCAUUGGACAUAGAAACAACUCAAGAUUCCUCUCAGGUAUUAGUGAGAAUGAUCAAAUAAAAAUCUUUUAGCUCUUCAUGUAGCAUCGUGAAUUGAGGUUUUUCAGCCUUGAACAAACGAUUCAAUCUGUUGAUUUGGGGCAAAACAUACGUCGCACCAUCCGACGCGAAUCCUUUCAGACGAUCCUUGUGAGGAAUUUCGUCCUUAUAUAUCUGAUCAAUCAUUGCAUUAUCAGCAGCACCAAGCGAUACUGCGGCUUGAAAUUCGUCAUGUAUCUUAAUGUUGCUUUGUUCAAAUGUAAAAAAAAUCACAAAUUGAAAAAAAACCUGUACCAAUCUGUUCUUUUUGACGAAAAUCUGUACUCUGUACUGUACAGAAUCUGUACCAAAAAUAACGAAAAAAUUUGUACCAUUCCUGAUAAAUCUGGUUUCAUCGAAUAUCCCACUCUUUAGGACUAAAGUCAGAUGCAAGCUUAUGUUCUUUGAUUGGUCUCUUCACAACAACUGUAUCACCAGAUUGAUCCCACUUGCAGUCUGUAUCCUCCUCAGAUCGCUUGAGACCAGUAUGGUUUACUAUUACGAACUUUGAUACCAUAUUGAUCAUAGAAAUUUUUGAAUUUAUCGCAUCUAAAUUGAGGACCAUUUUCCGACCUUUGGCUCUUCGGCAUCCCAAAACGGCGAAUGUCUCAUGAAGGACUGAUGCUAUCACUGUCUCAAUUGAAUCAAAAGAGUUCUGAUGGACGUUACUCCAUUUGAAGGGCGUUCCUUUCCGUAGCAAAUCGCACAAGGGAUUAGUUUCGCUAGCCAAAUUUGGAAACAAAUCGACCGACAUACGUUACCAGACCUAUGAAACUUUGUAGUUCAGGGACGUUUGGAGGAGAACGGAAUUAUUCAAUUACUGUGGCCCUGUUCUCUGUUGGUUUGAUUUCGUUUACCGAUAAUUCGUGUCCUAGAGACACGAGCUUGCUAACGUUGAAUAAACAUUUCUUCGAGUUUAGCAAAAUUCCGUAUUCUUUCAGCCUCGAAAAGCCUGUAGUCUGAUUGCAUGUUCUUCUUCCGAUCUUCGAAUACCACCAAGUCAUCAAGAUAUACAAUAGUGCCAUCGAAGCCCGCAAGUACAGUUUCUACAAUCUUUUCGAAAAGCUCUGGAGCUGAGCACACUCCAAAGUUGAGUUGUAUUUUGACCAAAUUUAAAUAAUCCUCUAACAUAGUUCUUGAAUGUUUAAUUGUCGUAUGUAGAUAUUGUGAUCUCACGCGAUCGUUCCGUGAUCUCGAUUUGGUGGUAGGCCCCGUUGAUUUUACCUAGCAAUUCAUCGAUGACUGGAAGAGGAUGCUUCUCUCUGAAGACUGCUCGGUUCGCUCGACGCAUGUCAACGCAAAGACGAACUUCACCUGAAUCUUUAAAAACAGGUACCAAAGGAGACCUUGCUCCAGCAAAAACUGCAACUUUACCGCAAUUAAGCCUUCCAGGGUAAUCGGAGCCCGCCUAUGAGGUUACUAAACAGCAGGCUGUACUGUAGGAUCAAUAGAUAUUACCAACAGCACCCUGGCCUUCAGGUGUCUUGGAUGUCCACAAGGGUCGUAUGACAUGAGAACCCCACGGUUCAUGACUGAAUUAUCUGAAUUCUGCAUUACCCUUCUGUUAUCUGAUCAAUUAUAAUUGCCUCCAACACAUCCGGCAAAAAAUCACAUCUUUUUGCUUGUAUUCUUACCCUCAACGUGUAAUCAGACAACCUUUCAGAUGGAUUCUGUGCCAUCUGCCUGAACACAUACCACUUGUAUGUAACCGUACACUGAAGUUCGAAAUUAGCAUCGAAGGCAGAGGCAGCUGCAUCGAAGUAAGGAGAUACACUGAGCAUCAAAGGCACUCGUUUGGCAUCGGGUAAAUCGGGGCCACUAAAAAUACACCCAGGUUUUUUUUUUGCGCGGGGGAUAUGUACUCGUAAAAAAACCGCGUGAAAAGAAUCCGCGUUAAUUGGAGAAUUCGCGUAAAAAAAUCCGCGUUAAUUCGAAAAUUCGCGUAAAAACCCGCGUUCAUAGGAAAAUCCGCGUAAAAAAAACAGAUCACCUAAAAUCUACGUAAGCAUCAUGAUAGAGUGCGGCACUAUUUCCCGUCAUAAGCGCUAAGUUCCAUCGCAAGCACUGAUUACCGUCAUAUGUAAAGUGUUAACUAAGCCCUCUAAGUGCUUUUCGACCCGUGCAAUGAUCCGUUUGAACGAAAUUGCAUCCAUGUGGAAGUUUUCACUGAAAAAUCGAGGGCUGUUCAACAUAUCCUCGAGGGCAGUUCUGAAUCGCCCGCGUUCAUUUCUCUUCAAUAAAUACGGAUGUACUCGACAAAGACGUCGAUUUCGCCUUCUUCGUGUGGGCUUGAGCUUGGGUAAACUGUACACUUCGUAGUUGUUCUCCGUGAUUGACCUGAACCAGCGAAAUUGCACAUCGAAUGACGCUUGGGAGUAGCAAAUCAUUCUCAUUGUGCAAGUUUCGGUGAAUCAAGCUUUAAAUAGUAAAUAAUGACGCCGACCACGUGCUUAAAGUCACCAGGGGAAGGGAAGGAAUGUUUGUAUGAUAUUCCCCAUCCGAAGGCCAGAUGAGUAGCCUCUAUACCGUGGUUCCCUAGCGAUUUUCAAGGAAGUGAGAGUUGUUAGUGGUUAGGAGGAGGUAAGAAUCAGGAUUCACUGUGAUGAGUGAUUUGAUUAGGAGUUUAUCCAUUUCUUUCUUGUCAUAAUAACCAUAGAUUACAGAUAUUACAACCAUCCUUCUUAGGGGCUUUGGACCCCCUGCUCUGGUUUUCAAUAGUUUGGGUCAUGCUACUAUAGAGAUCCGUUAAUCGCAGUCCGAGUUCGAUUUCGCCUUUUUUCGUGUACUCAACAAAGAUAGCAAAACAACGAAAGUGUCACCAAGAACAAGCAAAUCCCUCAAAUCAUCCAUAUUUACGUAACCAACUGUUUUUUUUCCGUAUUCACUUCACGUUUACUGGCGAAUAUUCAAUAUGAACGUGAACGUGAAUAAGAACAUUCUAUUCACCACCAUUUUCUGAGUUAUUCGUUCGCAAUGUGGUUCACCGUGAAAUGAUCGUACUAUUUCACCAUCUAAUCACGUUCACGUUCACCGGAGGCCUAAACCAGGCAUUCAUAUGAUACCACAAAUAUCAGCGCGCCGAAGCAAAAUCAAACCAACAACUAACGAUCGUUGACGAACAUUAGAAAACUGCGUGUGAUGAGGGGGGGGGGGUGGUGGGCAAUGAGCUCUUCGUUUAGUCCAAAUCUCUCGAAACGGAAACGAAACAAACAAAAGAAAAUAUAUAGAAAAUUAAAUUACGAAGCAAAAGCCAAAUGCUUUACCGAAUCGAUUGAAACACAACCGUUGCGUACUUGUUGUUUUUAUUUAUUACAGGUUUGUUUUGUACACAUUAGUGGAAAGUAGACGCCGGCAUACAUUCGUGUUGUUGCAUUUAGAUUGAUGAUGAUGAUGAUGAUAAUGAUAUGGCCGUACUAUUUGCGUUUAUGAAAUCUUAUGAGUUAUCAAUAUCACUCCAGAUGAGAAAAUUAAAACAAGGAAAGAGAAUUACAAACAAAAAUUAAAGUGCUGCGUCGUCUACUCUAUCGUAAUCUGUGUUUUAUUUCGAUGCAUAUGUAUGAGGAUGUGAGAAAUGGAAAUUAACAAUAAAUAAUGAAUAAUGUGAAGUUUAGGAUAAGAGAAUGCAAAAGGAAACAAUAACUGUUGCAAACGGGCUGGUAUAUACAUACACAAACAUAUACUCCCACAAAUGCAACCUACACGCAACUGAGAUCCAGCGGCAGCGCUGCAAAGAUCCCUCGGAAUUGGGUGAACAAUAGUAGAGAAAAAAACAAAGACCUGUCAUGAAAAAAAAGCCCCGAAAUCGAAAAGUAUAUUUUUUAUAUACCGUCAACAAAUCUUUGAACAAAAUCUAUUCUAUGAUAAGCUAGCCACAGCAACAACAGAAAAAAAACGGAAGAAGAGUAAUAACAUUUAAAACGCUAAACUAAUACAGUACUUGAUAAGCUAGAAUGUACAACCACACAUUGUAUAUUUUAAAAUAAAAAUCACUGUAAAAUUUGUACCAUACUAGGAAGGAGAAAAGCUACACUGCAAAAUAGAGGAAACAAUUUGAUACAGAGCGAACACACACACAACCCAAUAAUAUAUAUAAACACACACACACACACACACACACACACACACACACACUUUUGAAUGAAGUGAACAUACAAAGCAGUUUUUGUAUGGAACUUUCUAGCGCGAAACGAUGCGAGAAUAUAUAUAAAUGUGUAUUCCUGAAACGAAUACGUCAAGUAUCAAAACAAAAACAAUAGUAAUAAAAUAAAACAUGGAACAAUUUUUCAUAAGAAAAAAAUGAAAAACAAAACACAAUACGAGAGCGAAUGUGUACUUUUUCUUUCCGUAGCUGUUCCACGUGGGAACAGAAAUUUUGUAGAAAAUUUUGCUACACACAGAACGAGCGAAACCCGGGAAGAAUGAUGGAUGCGAGUGAUGGAUGGCUGGACCGAAUGUGGAUGUGAAUGUAACUAACCGAUGAACACUCGAUAAUCACAGUUAGGCAAGAGAAAAAAGGUACGUUUUUUGUUCGUUAUUUUUAAGUUCCCCUUCCAUUGCACUUCUACUACUACUACUACUUCUACCGUCAGUCUUAUUUUAGUUGUAUUUUUAAUUUAGUAUGAAAUCAUUACUAUGUCUUCAAAAAAGUAUUUGAGCGAAAGGAAGAAAAACAAAAAUUGCACAAAGUGUAUCUUUCAGUUGUGAAACAAAAAUAGAAAAACGGAAAUAUUCUACCAAAAAUUGAAGAUUCGAUCCGUACGUGUACGGUGUGCGCGUGAAGGAAUGCGGAUUAUUUUCAGUACUUUGCUGCAAGUCCAAUAAUUUAUAAUUACUUUUCGUAGUUUGAAAAAGAGACACAUAACAAUAACCUCUAGCGAACCAUUUUUUUUUUCUUCACGACUAGAAGUGCUAGGAUUUUUAUGUUAAGUAGUCAAAAGCAGAGAGAGAGAGAUAAUACUAGCAAUACGGUAAACAGUGCUUGUUGGCAAUAAAGUGUUUGUACCAUCAUCGUUCGUAUGACUCGAUGUCCUGGAGAGAUUGCCUUGAAUGGAAGAAGGCGUCGCCGUAGUAUUUUCGCCAAAUGUACGGAUGAUAAAUACAAAACGAAGGGAUUCUAUUCUUUUAUCUAUUCAUAUUUUGAAGCAAAUGAGAAAGCUUGCAAUCGGGGGAACACACACCCCCCCGCGCCUAGAUGUGGAAGGAAUUAAAUAUCAUUUUUAUUUUUUUUUAUUUAAGCAUUUAUAUAUUUAAGCACAACUGAGAAAUGAGAAAAAUGAUUUAUAAUAUAUUUCUUUUGAUCAGUACGA